AUGUCAGAAAACAAGAAUAUUUCAUCAUCCAGCUCCGAAACUCCCAGUCAAGAAACUCUGGGUAACAAGAACAAGCCAAUUAUAAUCAAGACAGAACCUCUCAUCCUUCGUACAAAAGAGCAGAUACAGUUCGAGGAAGUCCUCAUCGUACAGAACCAUGGAACUUCUGAGCUAUUGAAGACUAUGCGGGAGCAAAUUGCCCGUGUAGAACGUCACGUAAUCGAGUUGGGAAAAAUCACAAGAGCGAAUAACAGGAGCCAAACCGACAUGAACCUGCCCAUAUUACACGCAAAUGAGAUCCUGUUGAAACUGGAAAAAACUUCAAAAGAACAAGAACUGAAAAUGGCCACUAUGUAUAAAAUCCAAAGCAAUCAUCAAGAGCUGCUGAUCACGUUCCAAAAGAAGUUCGAAUUGAUGCAAGUCAACUUGGAGCAACUGUCAAAAAUCGGAAAUCACGCAAGUAAAGUCACGCAACCGAAAUCGCAAGAAAAGAAAAAGACAACUAAACGGAACAAGCCAGAACAGAAGAAAAUUGACAAAAAAUCCAAAAAGACUCGUCGUGUCUCCAUGAAAUCCAAAUUUGGUCUUCACUCGGACACAAAAAUUAAUUUGGAGGAUGACCAAGGAGCAGAGGUCGACGAAGAAAUAUUUUCAAUUUUAUUUGAGCAAGAAGUAAUUCCAAAUUUGGUGUUUCUCGUGGAAGGGGAGGAACCUCCAAUUGUGUAUGUUGACACUCCACCUUCCAUAAUAGGGGGCCCAUAUUCACCACCGUCGGUAUUUCAAAAUAGAGAAGAAAGUGAAGAGGAGAGUUACAGACAGGUCCUGAACUCUCAUAUUGAGGCCAAUCUGCACAUCCGCGAACUGGUUGAGGAGACCAACAUAAAAUUGUUUGUUAAUUUCAGAGAAUCGCCAACUGCCAGAGACCAGGCUCUGUUUGCUAAAGCAAUUAUACACGUCGUUCCUUCCUGGAGACGUAAUGGAUCGGAUAGUAAAUUUGGAACAGAUAUUUUAUACGAUGACGUGACAAGGACUGGUCUCAUCCAAGCGCGUCUCCGAUUUAUCCACAAAAGUAUCAACAAAGAUCAGGUCUCGACUGGGUCGAAGAGAGCUGUGGCGCCGACUGGUGGACCAUCGCCGAAGUCUGUUCCAGGAGAUAAGAGAUUGGAUGAGGACAUUGAUGCUCCCCUGGAAGCGAUCGAAAAACUUAAUUGUCUCUCUUCCAAAACGUCGGCACAGGAAAUAAAAUCUUUAUUUUUGGAGACUCUCUCCCAUCGAAACCACUUAGGGAAAGUGGGCGUUAAUUCUAUUCUAAAAAUUUACACGAAAUUUCUGGAUUGCGAUUUCCUGAUCAAAUACGAAUUUAGUCUGAUGUAUGCGGACUCUGUCAACAAUUUCGUAAAUAUUUGGCCAACCGCAUCACAAAAAAUUGUCUACCAGGCUGUCCAAAUCAAUAAGUCACCUGCGCUUAGAAAAUUCAUGUCCGACGAGUUUGGAAAUUGGAACCUGGAGAUUGCUGCCCUAUUCUGUCUUUUGUACCUCAUCCCACCAACGGAACAAGGAAAGGGGAAGGGUAGUCGCAUGAAAAUUGUGGAUGCCAAGGACCUGCUAAUUUCUUUUUAUAAGACCGGCACCCCACUCCAAUCCAUUCUUGAUACUUGGAAAAUCGAGAAGAAACAGCCAAAUCUGCUUUGCUUGGGAAACAACUCGAAACAUUUGGACUCGUUUUUCAUCGUGUGCGACGGACGCAUUCUUCCAAUAGAAGCCAGAAAUCCAUGCCAAGCUACCGACACCCUGUUCAAGGCUCAUUAUGCUUUCGCCACUGAGUGCGACAAAAACUUAUCUGGAUUAUGCAAAUUUGUGCAAGUUUACUUAUACAAGCUGGAUGUGGGGAUAACUUCCCUACGCGAAAGGCUAAGCAGGUUUAUACCCAACUUGGCAGCUUCCUCCACGAAAAUGUUCGAGUGCCCUGAGUGCAAAAAUUAUUUCGUUACGAUUUUAGUAAUUAAGAAUCAUCGUAAAUAUGUUCAUACUUAUGGGCACUUUAGUUUUAAAUCAAUUGUUUGUCCUAGCGAUUCGUGUUCAAUUGUACUUAAUGCGUGAAGCAUUUUCUCACGACACUUGAAACACUCACAUGAUUACUCCAAUGCUACAAAAUGUGAAAAUAGUUUAAGGCAGAGCGAGGAGCAAUUUAGCUCAGGAAUAGGAGAUACUUUAGAAUCUCCCAAUUUUGUUGAGAUAAGCGAAAAUGAAGAGAUAUCAGUCGAACUAGGAAUUCAAACAUUCACAGAUUUUUGUUCGUCAUUGUUAGUACAUAGAAUAAGUAAUUCCAUCGUUGACUUUGUUGUUAAGGAAAUGAGUUAUUGUUUUUCAGAAAUGUUCCAAUUAGUUUUUAGAAUAUUACGCAAUUUUAGCAUUUCGAUACCAUUUCUUCUCAAUUGACAAGUGCCUAAGACGACUACACGGUUUUUUAGUCUCAUUCGCCGGACUCCUUAGUCUACACAACUAAUCAAAUUUGGUAUCGAGGGUAUAAUUAUAAGGUCAACUAUAUUGUGUGUAUUGAAAUGGGUGAAAUAUUCCCAAAGUUUGGUCUAAUUUCUGAUUUUUUAGUUGUAAAUGAAAAUAAUUGUCUACUUCUCGUGAAAGAAAUCGAUGUAGAAGAGUUUAGCAGAAAAUAUUUUGCAUACAACGUAACUGAAACAAGCAAAAUAAACUUCGUUAACGUGGAAAAUUUAGUAAUACAUGAGUGUAUGGAAUUUCUAAGAAAUUGUGAAAUUGAUGGUUUGUUUCUAGUGCCAAGGCAUUAUUUAUAAUUAUCUGUACAACUAGUGUAAUUUACAACAAUUUGGUGUAAAUAUUUACAUACAUAUGCCAGUAUGUUUUUAUUUUUAUGUAUCAUAAUGUUAAUAAUUAUCUUAAAAGCUGUACAAAAUUACUGAAUGCAUUAUUUGUAACAAAAAUACAACAUGCUGUUAAAUAAAUUAUCAAAUGACGUCUUA